AUGGGCCUGUUCAAAAAGUCCGGUGACGACGGCGACGACUCUAACCGCCGUGCCUUGUUCGGCUCUCGAUCGAAGAACAAGAGCCCCGCGCAGGCAUCCAACCCUUACGCCCAACCCGCUCAUGUCGACCCUUACACCAAGGCUAAGAUCCAGGCUGGUGUUGCGUCGCCCCCGGCCGAUUACAAGGGCGGCAACGGAUCCCCCGCCCCCGCAGGAGGACCCCACGCCAUUCCAUCCGAUAACAAGUACUCGGGCUACACGGCAAACGCCUACGGCAACCAGGGCGGAUAUGGCAGCGAUCGGUUCGGUAGUGGGAGCAACGGCGCUGGCGCCUCGCGCUACGGUUCGGGUGGCUAUGGAGGAUUAGGCAGCGCCGAUCCCAACGACCCCAGCGCCGGCGAUGCUGCCCGCAAUGAACUUUUCGGCGGUGCUAAGGAUCGUGCGCAACAAAAUCAGGGCGGUGCGCCGCCUCCAUACUCGCCGGGUCAGGAGGGUGGUCAGGGGGGUAACUACGGUGGCGGCAGCAAUGAAUACAGCAUGGCCACCUACCAGGACCGGCAACUCACGGCCGAGGAGGAGGAGGAAGAGAACGUCCAGGCUACCAAGCAAGAAAUGCGGUUCGUCAAGCAGGGCGAUGUGGCAUCUACCCGUAAUGCCCUUCGCGCUGCUGCAAUGGCCGAGGAGACUGGACGCUCGACGCUCGCUCGCCUCGGUGCCCAGGGUGAGAUGAUCCACGGUGCGGAGAAGAACCUCGACAUGGCCGCCGUCGAGGGUCGUCUAGCCCAGGAGAAGGCGCGCGAAUUGAAGACACUCAACAAGAGCAUGUUCGCCGUGCACGUUUCCAACCCAUUCACCAGUGCCUCGCGCCGACGAGAACGUGACGAGCGCACUAUCAACACCCACCGUGAAGAGCGUGACCUCCGCGACGGCACCCGCUCCGAAGCCUACCAAACCAACGCACGCAUGGAGAAGGUGUUCCGCGACAUUGACCGGGAGGCGAACAAGCAAGGCAAGGGCAAGAAGGCGAACGUCACCGAGCGUGCCAAGUAUCAAUUCGAGGCCGACAGUGAGGACGAGGCAAUGGAGGACGAGAUCGAGCAAAACCUGGAUCUUCUGAGCGGUGCCGCUGGUCGGCUGAACGGUCUUGCCAAGGCCACUGGCCGCGAGCUGGACGAGCAGAACAGACAUCUGGAGCGUAUCACAGGCAAGAGCGACUACGUCGACGACCAGAUUGCCAUGAACCGGGCCAAGCUGGACCGUAUUCAUUAA